AUUGGAUGCGAUUCAUGCGUUCAUUCCGACAAGUGUGUUGAGACAACUUUGGGAGCACUUUGUAUCUGUCAUCCGGGUUAUCAGGGGACUCGCUGCGAUCAGCAAGGAGAGCCCUGCGAUUCCGUGUCCUGUACUCCUCCACUGGUUUGUCAGCCCCUAGUGGCUGUUGGUGGUGUUCGGACUACAUGCAAAUGCCCUAUAGGAUGGACCGGCCCGAAGUGCCUAGAAAAUACUGCUGUAUCAUUCAACGAGAGCAGUCUGUUCAUUCAUCAAAGUCCCAGCGUCAUGAUAGGGUCUUCUUCUGGCCCUCUACCAUACGCCAUAUCAUUUGCUAUGCGAACUACUGUACCUACAGUACAUAUCGCAUCUGGCGAAAAUAUUUUCGGACAACAGCUGUUCUCUAUUGGUCUCAAUGAUGGAUAUAUAGUAGUCGCUAUUCAUGGAACCACGUUCAAUAAGCUCAUUCCAUUCAACAUCAACGAUGGAACCUGGUAUUCUGUGAGACUGGAAAAAACUGAUCAGGAUGUCCUCAUUUCUGUGACUAAUGAAGCCGGUUAUCAAUUGUUAUUACGCUCAUUACCCCGAAUGACGUCGUUUGAUGUGUUUGCGACUCGUGUUGGAAAAAUUGGCGAUUCAGAGCAUUUUGUGGGAUGUCUGGCAGAUUUCAGCCUUGACAAUAGCAACGCUAUCGACCUUGCCAUGUCCAGUAGAGGCACCGGUAUCAUCCACGGAUGUAAGCAUACGGUACAGUGUUCCAAGAAUCCUUGUCUUAACGGAGGCACAUGUCUGGACUUUUGGACACACUCGACAUGCGUAUGUCCGGCCCCAUUUCUUCCGCCAUUAUGCAUGAAUUCACUUGCGCCCAGUACUUUCGGUCACCUCAACAAAACAUCAUUCGCUGAGAUAAGCAUUUCACCUGAGAUGUCCCAAAAUCUACGGUUCUCCACUAUUAUCCAAGUUAUACUGAGAUCAAAUCAGCCAAAUGGUACUGUGGUGUUUCUUGGUGAGACAGGGGAUGAGUUGGCUACAUUCAUAUCCGUUUCGCUGGUGGAUGGACAUGUCGUAGUGCGCUCACGUGCUGGAGGUAAAUCCGUCCACGAGUUGAAGUCGCACAGGCUGGUCACCGACAACAAGGACCAUAUUAUACGUGUACGACGUCAGAGGAGACACAUCAAGCUUGAAAUUGACGAAAUCCUUGAUUCGGAAGGGACAAUACAGUCACGAUUUGAUCAUCCAUUAUUUGCUGAAAGGCUCCAGCUGAGCAGCAGUCGAAAUGUCACUGAAGAUGCAUUCACGAACAAGAAGGCUUUCAAAGGCUCUCUGCAGGAUAUUCGAGUCAAUGAAAAGUCGGUUGUCCUUCACGAACCGGCGUCAUUCUCCGUAGAACGCCUUGGCAAUGUUGCGAACCUCGAAAACGUUCUCGAAGGUACGAUUUCUGAUGAUGUCUGCAGUAUGAGUGAGCAGUGUGUUCAUGGGUCUUGCUUCAACACUUUCAACGAUUUCGAGUGUCGUUGCGAAAAAGGCUAUUUCGGUAGACGAUGUGAGCGAAAGGAUCAUUGCCUCGAUUCGCCUUGUCCAAACGGAGGAGAAUGUGAAAACGUUGGCGAAGGAUUCCUUUGCACUUCACCAGUCACCAUUAAGACAGUCAGUGUUGUUACUUUCAAAAUGUCCGAACCCGUAGAAACCGGCUCGGUUGUAAAGCUGUCUAUACGGACCCAUUCUGAGGAUGGACACAUUUUGACCCUGGAAUCAGAGGAAAAGCCGAUCACAUUGUCUUUGGAAAAUGGGCAGCCCGUUGUCACUGGUGUGGUUCCGGUGCCGAUUAGGAAGACAAUUGCCGAUGGACUAUGGCACACACUCGAACUCAAUGAGAAUGUCCUCUAUGUGGAUUCAGCGAGCUAUGGUCUUCCCGAAAUGGUGCAGCUGCCGUCUCGAAUCCACCCGGUCUCUUUACAGUUCGGAGCCGUUGAUGGUGCGUCAUUCGAUGGUUGCCUGAAGAACAUUACCGUCGGUGACCUUCCACGUCUUUCUUUCUAUAAAGAAGAUGAAGUGGGGCAACCCGGCAACGUUACUCAUUGGAUGAUCGACAAACGCCUCAAGAUUGCAACGGGCUGUCUCUCAUCGCAACAAUGCGGAGAUGCUUCACCUUGUAUCCGAGGUGAAUGCCAUGACUUAUGGAACGCCUACGCAUGUGAGUGUCCUCAUGGAUUCGAAGGAGCACAUUGUGAAGUGAAAAGGGACGAGUGUUCAAAAAUCGAAUGUGGAAGAGGGCAAUGUGUUGGUGGAGUUGAAGGACCAAGAUGCCGUUGCGACAGCGGGUUUACUGGAGAGGCUUGUGAUGCCGAAAUGGAUUUGUGUUCGUUGAUUCCUUGUAAGAAUGGCGGUCUGUGCUCCAGUUCCGAUGGAAACUACACAUGCGAGUGCAAACCAGGAUGGACCGGAAAAUCUUGUGAUAUUCGGGAUCAGCCAGUCUGCUACGACGGAGUUUGUAAAAACGGCGGCACUUGUGAGCCAGAUGUUGCUGGUGGCAUAAAAUGCGUUUGCAAAGCUGGGUUCUUUGGGCGGUUCUGUGAGGAACGCGUGAAUCCUUGUGAAAAGAGGCCGUGCGACCAUGGGUACUGCAAGCCGUCAGCUUCAGGCGAUUUCGAGUGUGAAUGUGAAGAAGGGUAUACUGGCAAAACGUGUUCCGAACUUUCUGAUAUGUGCACGUCAACUUCUUGUAAUGGUCGCGGACGGUGUACGCCUGUAUGGAAUGCGACAAUGUGCACUUGUGACAAGCGCUGGAGAGGAGCUGCCUGCACCCAUCUUGUUGACGAAUGUUUGUUUAUCCCCUGCGAGAACGAUGGCAUCUGUGAAACAACGGAACAAGGCUUCAAAUGCCAUUGUAAGAAGUACUAUCUAGGCGACCGAUGCGAACUACAAGGUACUUGCCUUACACACCCAUGUGAAAGAGGCGAAUGCGUUCAACUGUCAUAUGAUAGUCAUUCUUGCAGUUGCCCGAAAGGCUACGAGGGAACGCGAUGCGAGACACGUAUAGAUUACUGUAAGAGGAACCCUUGUCUCAAUGGCGGAUCGUGUGAAUCACUAUUUGGAGAGCACAAAUGUCACUGCAUCAGUGGUUUUACAGGAACAAACUGUGAGACAGAUAUCGAUGAAUGCCUUCUCGGCUUCUGUGCCAAUGGGGCCAAGUGCCGUGACCGCAUCGCUGACUACGAAUGCAUUUGUGACGGAACAGGAUUCAGUGGAAAAAACUGCACAGACGACAUCAACGAGUGCAGUGUAGCGUCAAAUUGUGUGAACGGCCAAUGCACAAACACAAGAGGAGGUUACAGAUGUGACUGUGAGAAAGGUUUUAUUGGCUCACGUUGUACUGUAAGAGAUCCAUGCAGGCCUGACUCAUUCAAUCGAACUACACACACUUGUGUUCAUGGCGUAUGUAUCAACCCAGUGGUCAAGAUAGAUAGUGCUGGUCGUGAAACUGCUAUGCACGAAUGUAAAUGCAGCCGUGGUUAUACAGGACCGCAAUGCACAACUCAGGUGUCAGAACGGAAAGUUCUGGGUGUGAGCUACAUACUCGGACCAAUGGCAGCUGUGUUAGCAGUACUUACCAUUCUUGGUUGUGUAUUGCUAGCUUUUGUGUUCCGAGGAAAACGCGCUCUGCACGGUCACUACAGUCCCAGCCAUCAGGAACGUAAUGGUGCCCGAGUGCAGAUGAAUUCCAUGGUUAAGCUGCCCCCUGAAGAACGGUUAAUAUAG